GUGCUGUCAGCAGAGACAGGCUCCGCACUUCGCAGUCUUGAGCUGCUUUAGCUCCCCUUGCUCUGGAGCUGUCUUGGGAGUAUCAGCUGAGGGAUGUGAGGGCUUGAAAAGCUGGGAGUAUAACUCUGAUGCCCACACUCUGAGCCCAUGACAGUGCUGUCCCAGCACGCUGUAUUGAACCUGCCUGUCCCCCUGGCAUCCUUCCCUGCACUUUUCCAGGGCGAACUCCCGAGCUCUCGGAGCCUGCCUAGGACACCCAGGUGGGAGUGUUCUCAUGCUCUCUGCAGAGCUGUCAGAUGCCCUUUUUGAAGUUAUUUUUAGUGAGUGAUCUUUGCAGCAGUUGCAGAGCUUACAUUGCAGAGAAGUGUAGGCAGCUCCCUGCUUCCUUUGCUGUUACACUAGGGCUUGUAAGGUGGAGCUGUCUGCUGAGGAGCUGCAGAAAAUUGCUUGGAAGGCUUUGAGCCAUGGUGCCUGCAGCUUGUCUCUUGCUCCUGCUGAACAGGCUUCCCACAUGCUUUACAAGCCUGAAUCCUGCUCAGCCAUGCAGCUUAAGGAUCCAGUCUUCUGCUUGGUCCUGACCUUGCCCAUUCUACUGCAGUUUUUUCUUGCACGUGCAGGACACUUCUGAUAUUGCAAAGGUGUUGCAAAUAUCCCUCUUACCUUGGUAACAAGGCCAGAUGCUGUGCUGCCAGCUGGGAGCUGCGAGACCAUGUGCUGCAGGCAGUGGGGCCAGCUGUGAUUCUCUGCUGUCCCCAGGAGCAGAACAUACAACUCCUGCAAAAGUGGUGAGGGCUGCCAACCCGAGACAGCGGAAAGGAAGCAAGGUUGGUGACUUCGGUGAUGCCACAAAUUGGCCAACACCUGGAGAAAUAGCCCACAAGAGCAUCCAGCAGCCGCACAAAGCACCAUCCCUCCGGAAACUGCCUGUCAAGAAAGACAUGAAAGAGCAGGAGAAAGGGGAUGGGAGCGACGGCAAAGAGAGCCUGAAAACCAAAUCGGAUGAGUCUGGGGAGGAGAAGAAUGGAGACGACGACAACCAGAAGUCAGCCCAGAAGAAGAAAGGCAACAAACACAAGUGGGUCCCUUUGCAGAUAGACAUGAAGUCAGAGGUGCCUAGGGACAAAACGGCCUCUCGGAACAACCGGCAAAACGAGCAGCACAGGCACCCCUCCAACAACCGCAGCGAGCUGAAAGGCUGGCACCCGGACAACAAGCACGAGCGCAGCUGGCAGGACCAUGAUGAAACCUCCAGCGUGAAGAGCGAGGGAGGAGCUGUGCGAGGGACCUUCCGGGGCCGAGGCCGUGGCCGCGGCAGGGGCCGUGGCCGUGGCAGAGGAGGUGAUCGCUGGCACUUUGACUACCAGUAUGGGUACCGGAAAUUUGAGGGCUCGGAUGGCUCCCGCACCCAGAAGUACGCUAGCAACAUCACUUACUACUUUGACAACAUCAGCAGUGCCGAGCUCUACAGCGUGGACCAGGAACUGCUCAAAGACUACAUCAAGCGGCAGAUAGAAUAUUACUUCAGCGUGGACAACCUGGAGCGAGACUUCUUCCUGCGUCGCAAGAUGGACUCAGACGGCUUCCUUCCCAUCACCCUGAUUGCCAGCUUCCACCGGGUGCAGGCUCUGACCACCGACAUCAGCCUCAUCAUCAAGGCUCUGAAGGACAGCAAGGUGGUGGAAAUCGUGGACGAGAAGAUCAGGAGAAAAGAGCAGCCAGAAAAAUGGGCUCUGCCUGGCCCUCCUAUGGCAGACUACACACAGACGGACUUCUCGCAGUUCAUCAACUGCCCUGAAUUUGUGCCCCGGCAAAGCUUCCAGAAAGAGACAGAGUCUGCUCCUGGGUCCCCGCGUCCUGCCAGCCCAGUCCCCACCAAAACAGAGGAGGUCAGUAACCUGAAGACGAUGCCCAAGGGCCUGUCUGCAAGUCUGCCAGACCUGGAUUCAGAGACGUGGAUUGAAGUGAAGAAGAGACCUCGGCCCUCCCCAGCCAGGCCCAAGAAACCAGAGGAGUCAAAGACGCUGCAGCAGCAAAAGCAAAAGGACCAAGACGAACCUGAGGAGCUAGACUUCCUCUUCGACGAGGAGAUGGAGCAGAUGGAUGGCCGCAAGAACACUUUCACUGACUGGUCAGAUGAAGAUUCGGAUUACGAGAUCGACGAUCGGGAUGUGAACAAGAUCCUCAUCGUGACGCAGACACCUCCUUACCUGCGCCGGCAUCCUGGUGGGGACCGGACUGGCAACCACACAUCCAGGGCUAAAAUGAGCUCAGAGCUGGCCAAGGUGAUCAAUGAUGGGCUGUACUACUACGAGCAGGACCUGUGGACAGAGCAGUUUGAGCCGGAGUAUUCACAGAUCAAGCAAGAGGUGGAGAACUUCAAGAAGGUGAAUAUGAUCAGCAGGGAGCAGUUUGACACCCUGACCCCAGAGCCCCCUGUGGAUCCAAACCAGGAAGUCCCUCCUGGUCCCCCCAGGUUCCAGCAAGUACCUACAGACGCUUUGGCUAACAAGUUGUUUGGAGUCCCCGAGCCUUCAACCAUUGCCCGGUCUUUGCCUACGACUGUACCAGAAUCACCCAACUACCGCAACGCCAGGACCCCCCGGACUCCUCGCACGCCUCAGCUGAAGGACCCUACACAGACGCCCCGGUUUUACCCAGUGGUGAAAGAGGGCAGGACGAUAGAUGCCAAGACCCCGCGGAAGAGGAAGACGAGGCACAGUUCGAACCCCCCAAUGGAGUGCCACGUGGGCUGGGUGAUGGACUCUCGGGAACACAGGCCCCGAACUGCCUCCAUCAGCUCCAGCCCCUCGGAGGGGACCCCGGCUGUUGGAAGCUAUGGCUGCACCCCGCAGUCCCUGCCCAAGUUUCAGCAUCCUUCGCACGAGCUGCUCAAGGAGAAUGGCUUCACGCAACACGUCUACCACAAGUACCGUCGGCGCUGCCUUAACGAGCGGAAACGACUGGGCAUUGGUCAGUCCCAGGAGAUGAACACGCUUUUCCGGUUCUGGUCCUUCUUCCUCCGAGAUCACUUCAACAAGAAAAUGUAUGAAGAGUUCAAGCAACUGGCUGUGGAGGACGGGAAGGAGGGAUACAGGUACGGUCUGGAGUGCCUUUUCAGAUACUACAGUUACGGGCUGGAGAAGAAAUUCCGGCCAGACAUAUUUAAGGACUUUCAAGAAGAGACCAUCAAGGAUUACGAAGCUGGACAGCUCUAUGGGCUGGAAAAGUUCUGGGCCUUCCUAAAAUAUUCCAAAGCCAAAAAUCUGGACAUUAACAGCAAACUGCAAGAAUACCUCAGCAAGUUCAAGCGCCUCGAGGACUUCCGAGUGGAUCCACCCAUGGGGGAGGAAGGUGGACACAAGAGAUACCCUACGACGUCAGGGGGAGAUGGCAGGAAGCGCUACCCAUCCCAGUCUUCCAGCAAAACAGUCAGCCAGUGCCCAUCCAGCCAAGCCCACGCCUCACCCAGCCAGCCUGCACAAGAGGAUGCCAAAAACCUGAGCCAGCAAUCCCCCGCCCCGUCAGCUGCAGAAUCGCAGACAGUGGGGAAGUAGGGAGGCUGCAGCCGGGGGAUGGGGUGGGUUGGUGGGGGACUGGCUUGGAGAAGGGGAGACGUGAGGGGGUGGGACAGGAAGGGAGCUGGAAGGUGGGUGCCCAGGAAUAGGCUGCUUGGGAGAAACUUCAACGCACACGAUUUUUUCUCUUGUGGCUGGAAAGCAAAGACGAUCUGCAUCUAAAACACCAUUUUGCUAUUACAACCCUGACCAGAGCCAGACCCGCUCCCAGCAGACCCACCCUUUGCUUUCCCUUCCCUCCCCUCUUGUGCACACACUCAUGUCUUAGUGUCUCUUCAAAAAAAAAAUAAUGUUCUGGCUGGGUUGGAAACGGGAGAUUUUUUUAUUAUUAUAUAUAUAUAUCAAGUUUUAAAUUAUUGCUAGAAGUUCGUCUGGAUUUACCAAAACAAGUCUGCUCUGUGCGGCCCCAAUGACUCCCCUCUGUGUCCCCCCUUCGGAUCGCAGGGCAGCCUGCUCAGGAAGCUCGGAGGAGCGAGGUUCCCUGAUGGGGACUGAAGCCGCAGCAUGUCACGAUGCUGCGGAGCCUCUGAUCUCUAUGACCUGGCUGACGUCUCCCAUUCCACGUGUGGCGGUGCCUCUCUGACACCAACUGCUGCGACAGGAGCAUCGCCCUGUUUGUCCUUCUGGUCCCUCCUCCCCAGAGUCUUCACCUCCAACCUUCCCGAGGGUCUGGCUCUCCCUCCGCCCGCCUCUCCCUUCCAUCAUGGACAAUUUGGAAGUCAACCAAAGGACCUUUGCCAAGGAUAGGCUUGUUCUGACUCCUUCCUGUGAGGAUGGCUGGUGGGAGGCUGGCAGGCACUUGGACUCAAGCCUGCGUGGACGCUGCACCCCCUGCCCCAGGAAUGCCCAUUGCAUGCAAAGACAGGACUUUGCUGAAGGAGGUUUUCUCUUCCUUUUCCCUUGGAAAAAUGAAACAACAACAACAAAAAAACCCACAAACCCCUCUAAAACAACAACGACGAAAAAACUCUAAAAAGACACAUGUCCCUUUGCUUUCUUCCUUGGAAAUAUUAUGAAGAAAACAAA